UUGUUAUUUUUUUUACAGAGUAAUAAUGGAAUGCAGAUAUUCUGGUUCCUAUAAUAUCUCACAUUCAAAAAAACGCAAGUUAAUGGGCACUCAAAAAAUCCGUGCUGUGUCAGCAAUGCUUGAUAAACAUAUAGAUCCUUCAGUUUUCAACCGCAAGGAAGCAAAACGUUUGAUGAAAGAGGGAGAUUCUACCCCAGCUCAAAUACCAAACAAUCAAACUCUAAGAACAGCUAAGAGUAGAGCAAUAAAUGCCGAACGGUAUCAUUCCAAUCCAAUAGUUGCUGUAAAUAUUAUGAAACACUGUGAAACUUAUUGCUCAAUUAUUCGAAAUGUUGGAUACGAUGGGUUUUUUGUUCAUUUUUGGAGCAACCUGCAAUUACAGAUAUACAAAGAAUGCUAUUCUAGAGUCAAAAUACCAACUAUGUCGUUUGAUGCAACAGGUGGAUGUUGUAAGAAAAUUAAGAGGUCGAAUGGCGAUCAAAGUAGUCAUCUGUUUUUGUAUGAAGGUGUUAUGGAAAUAGAAGGUAAAACAUUUACUGCACUAUCAAUGAUUUCAGAACAACACGAUACAUUAUCCAUCUACUCUUGGUUGGACCGUUGGCUUAGAUGUGGCAUUAAACCACCAAAAAUGAUUGUAUGUGAUCAAUCAUUAGCUCUAAUGUCAGCCAUCGUUCAAUCAUUCACACAAUACAAGUCACUACAGGCAUACUUAGAAUCAUGUUACAAAUUAAUUUUUAAUCCAAAUGAUAGAACUUGCUCUGUAUCCACAUGCUAUAUUAGAAAUGAUGUAAACCAUUUUAUUCAUUUAAUAACCAAAUGGACUCCUUUGAAAAAUGUUAAGUUUGCUCGAACAAAAUCACUGUUUGUUAGAUCCAUGGCACUAUUAAUAUACUGUAAUUCAAUUGAAGAAGCCAAUAAAAUACUCAAAGCUAUUUUUAAUGUAGCUUUGAGUCAAUACGAUGGUCGUAUUUUAGUAUCAAAUAAACAAUUAACAGAAGAUACUAUAUGUGCCUCAAGUAAAAAAUAUCUGCAAUCUUUGAUUUCCAAUAAAAUGGCAUACCUGCAGGAGUAUGAUACCUAUAUUGAUGAAAAUAGUACAGCCAAAGAACUUUCCGAAGAUCAUGAUCUUGAAGAAUUACGUGAAGAUUUUUUUGGUUCAUUUGAUAUUUGGGCAUCAUCAAUAGCUGAGCAAUGUAAAAUGGAAGUUCAAACAAAUGAAGGUGAUAUUGACAAUGCACAAUAUACUCCAGAAAUUGUGCCUCUUAUAAUUAAGGCCAUGAAGUUAUAUCCUUGUUGGUCAGGUAUCAUGAGAAAAACAUUUGGUUUUGGAGAAGCUUCAGCUUCCAGUGCCCGGAUAGAAAGUAAUUUCAAUCAACUUAAAAAUAGAGUUUUUAAAAGUGAUAAUUUACCACUAAGAAUUGAUACAUUUUUAGACAAGAUUAUUUCUUAUUAUAAAGGCGAUCACUUACUGAUACAAAAUAAUAUUCCGCUUAAAAAAAUAUAUGGCACUAACACAACUCCAUUAAAUCAAUCAAGUGAUUCUGAUAUUAAAAAUCAGAAUGAAAAUGCAGAGUAUAAAAAAGUUGAUAAAAUUUACAUAGACACAGUGACACUUGAUAAAAAUUCAAAUACAUUUUUAGAAUGUAAUACAGAAACAAAUGCUGAAGAACAAUGGCAAAAGAAAGAGAUGUCAACAACAUUUAAAAAUAGUCUAUCAACAAAAUCUUACCUUAAUCCACAAGUAGGAUUUGAGCACCUCAAUGUCAACCAAAAAGUAUCAGAAAAACAAAUUGUAUUUUUAAAAAAUGGAAAUAAAUUCAACAGUAAAACUCAUAAUGAUAAUGAUGAUGCUGAGUACGAAAAAAUUGAUAAAAUUCACAUAGAUACAGUGACACUUAAUAAAAAUUCAAAUACAUACAUUUGUAAUUAUACAGUUACUAACAAUUUAGAUGAAAAGUUGAAUGAAAGUCAACAAAUCAAUGAAGAAGUAUCAGGUAUCCUACAUCCAUGUUUAGCGUGUAGUAAUGGUGAUUUUCCUACAGGAGCCCAUCGUUGUGUACAAUGUACCAAGCCAGUUCAUUCAUUUGGCUGUUCGGUAAAAAAUAUAGAUAGUGAUGAGGGAUAUGGUGAGACACGGAUUUGUUUGACCUGUGUAGAAUGUAAUACAGAAACAAAUGCAGAAGAACAAUGGCAAAAAAAAGGGAAGUCAACAACAUUUAAAAAUAGUCGAUCUAAAAAAUCUUACCUUAAUCCACAAGCAGGAUUUGAGAACAUCGAUCUCAACAAAAAAGGAUCAGAAAAACAAAUUGUAUUUUUAAAAAAUGGAAAUACUUUCAACAACAAGCCUCAGACAAUAAAAAACAUAGGAAAAGUUAUAUUAAGAAAUACUUGUUCUGUUGAUUCUAUAUUAACAUCAUUGGCCUAUGCAGCUGCAGACAGUAGUAACUAUCUCUCAUUCUUGGUAAAACAUGAAAAAUCUGAUAAAACAGCAAAAUUUAUAACUAGAAUGUUAAACAACUGGCUGAGGUCUCGGUCAAUCCUGAUAAUGCCUCGGCUAGGACUAGUGAUUUCUCAUCCAACCUGUCAUACCUGGAGACUUCUCAGCCAACAAGCCGAGUUCUCAGAUGAUCCUGAUGACGCCUCAGUAAACCUAGUAACUUCCCUGACAAACCUGGUGACUUCUUGGCCAAACCUGGUGACUUCUCGGCCAGCUGGAUAA